AUGAGCGACCGCAGGCUUAGUGCUCGUAGGCCCACUGACUUGGAGAUCAUGCUGGCCAGGCAGAACUUCACGGCCAAAGAAACCACAGAUGAGCAUUUCUUCCGGUGUUGGCAACGCCAGGACUGCAAGGGCUGCCUUGCGGAGGACCGCUGCAGUUGGUGCCCAAUGACAUCUGCAUGUGUCCCGAAUCCUUAUGCAAUUCCAUUGCUUGCGCCCGCAUGGAAUGAGGACGUUUGCCCACAUUGGGCGGAGCGAUGGGAGCUUCGGACAAGACCACUUGGUUGCCAGGUCUCGACCAUCACCAGCCUAACGUCCAUCAUCUCGAUAGUGUCCACGCUGGUCGUGGUAUUGUUGGUAACACUCCUGUUCGUCACGAUUCGCUGGGCGAGGCGUCGGAGCGUAAAGGAACCCGGAUGGUGGAGGGUUUGGCAGUACGACUGGAGGCAUAUCGUAACGCGGCGAGACAACAUCGGAGAGCAGGACCCUUUACUUGGGCAAGAUCACAGUACGAGGUCAAAUCCAGGCCCUUGA